CGCUGGUGUUGCGCAGUAGUCGGAGCUGAUCGCCAGACGGUGAGGACGCACCGUUGAGCGCCCACUGCACCACACCACACCACACCACACCUCGCACUCGCCAGGCUUGGUCCGCACCGAGACCCGCAGCCCAGCAGCGCCGCGCACACACAGAACGCAGACAGCCAUGAGCGGCUGCCGUGUCUUCAUCGGGAGGCUGAACCCGGCCGCCAGGGAGAAAGAUGUGGAGAGGUUCUUCAAAGGAUACGGCCGUAUCCGCGACAUCGACCUGAAGAGAGGGUUUGGGUUUGUGGAAUUUGAGGAUCCGAGGGAUGCAGACGAUGCUGUCUAUGAAUUGGAUGGAAAAGAGCUUUGCAGUGAGAGGGUGACAAUUGAGCAUGCCCGAGCACGCUCGAGGGGUAGAGGCAGAGGGAGGUACUCUGACCGGUUCAGUAGCCGCCGGCCGCGCAGUGACAGGAGAAAUGCCCCACCUUUAAGAACAGAAAAUCGCCUCAUAGUGGAAAAUUUGUCUUCCCGAGUCAGCUGGCAGGAUCUCAAAGACUUCAUGAGACAAGCCGGGGAAGUAACCUUUGCAGAUGCACAUAGACCUAAGUUAAAUGAAGGGGUGGUUGAAUUCGCCUCUUACAGUGAUUUAAAGAAUGCUAUUGAAAAGCUUUCUGGUAAAGAAAUUAAUGGAAGGAAAAUCAAACUAAUCGAAGGCAGCAAAAGGCACAGUAGGUCCAGAAGCAGGUCGCGGUCGCGCAGCAGAAGCUCGUCCGGGUCUCGUAGCCGUUCUCGUUCCCGCAGCCGCAAGUCUUACAGCAGGUCACGGAGCAGGAGCCAUAGCAAGUCUCGGUCAGUUAGUAGAUCUCCAAUGCCAGACAAGAGCCAGAAACGUCGUUCAUCCAGCAGAUCAAAAUCUCCAUCAUCUGUGGAUCGGCAGAGGUCUAGAUCAAGGUCCAGAUCUGUUGACAGUGGCAACUGAACUAUAAUAUAGUAACUUGCCUUGGGGCCCUUUUUUAAACCAUACUUGCUAAAACUUGUGGUAAGUAUGUGACUUUCUGUGGGGAAGGGUUUGGAUGGGGAGGGGGGGAGGGAUGGGAGAACUUUGUAGAUGUGGACCAUGGUGGGAAGGGUUAUUGACUAAUUGUAUUAAAUGUUUUUUGAUAACCCUUUUCUUGCUCACAUUUUUUUGUGAAUGUCUGAAGUGUAUAGUUUGUGUAUAUUGGCAGAGCUCUUUAUAACUAAAGCAGAAAAAUUUUUUUGUACUCGAAGUCAUCUGAACACUUAAUUCUCAGUAUAUUCGACUGUGAAUAGCAACUCAAAAGCAUUAGUUUAAUAUCAAACUAAUAGCUUUAGGCAUCCAAGAGCUCUAUAUGUGCUGUACAUAAAGCUGUAUUUCAGAGGGUAUUUUUUUGUGCUUUUGAGACAUUGUUUCAGUUAUAGGUCAGCAGAUAAGUGCUGGUUGGUACUGCUAAUAAAACUUUAUUUUAAAAUAUUUUCAUUUAAUAUGACUUGCACUACACUAAGAAAAUGCCCAUUUCACUGCCCUGUGGUAAUAAUAUUCUAUGAAGCACUCUAAUUCUUGAUACCUAAGAAUGAAAUAGCUCAAAUAAAGUAUAAAGAAACA